GUCAUAUCAUCACUCCUAUUUAGAUUCCUUAGAUGGAAUCCAAUCAUUUUCUCCCUCACCCCAAGGCGCCAACACCUCUCAAUUUAGAGGCCGUUUGAUGUCGCCAAAAUCUCGAGAAAAUGUAAUAUCUCUUUUAUCAUCAUUUCUUCUUCCUUAUUUGAUCUUCAUUUCAUCACUUGCGUUGGAAUUCCUGGGUUCACCAGCAUGAGACUGAUUGUCCCCUUACAAGGCGUAGUUCAAGGAAGAGGAGGCUUAAUCUUCGGCUCGCUAAUCCCUUGUGCUCUCUUCUACUUUCUUCAGUUCUACAUUAAACGACACCGUUCGAUUCCAUCUUCAUCUGCUUCGAAUCCUCCAUCGCCGUCCGACUCGUCCACCGACCUGGUUGAACUACCACGGACAUCUUCGCGGCUCAACUUGUCCGGUCGCGGGUCAAUCGGGCGGACCCACAUCUCCUCCCGCGCUAGCUCAAUUGCAAAGCCCAACGAUUCUGCUUACUAUAUUGGAUUAGAGAGGUUCCAGGAGGAUCCGUAUGAUGAAAUCGAUAACCCAGACGGGAUUAUAAAUCUCGGAUUAACUGAGAAUAGGUUAUCGCUGGAUUUGAUUGAGAAGUGGCUUUCGAACAACUUCUGCGAUUCUGCACUUGGAAGUAUUGGUUUGAAUAUCAGCGGAAUUUCUUCCUAUCAGCCGUUUGAUGGACUGUGGGAGCUGAAACUGGCCAUGGCAGAUUUCAUGUCUGAGGCAAUGGGAAGAGCAGUUUCAUUUAACCCAUCGCGAAUAGUAUUAACCUCUGGUGCAACUCCUGCCAUUGAGAUGUUAUUCUUUUGCUUAGCGGAUCCGGGGAGUGCUUUCCUCGUUCCUACACCCUAUUACCCUGGGUUUGAUAGGGAUGUCAGAUGGAGAACUGCUGUGGAACUUAUUCCUGUACAUUGUCGUAGUUCAGAUGACUUUACACUGAGCAUGGCUGCUCUUGACCAAGCAUUUAACAAUGCCAGAAAGCGGGGUCAAAAAGUCCGUGGAAUACUCCUUUCCAACCCUUCCAAUCCUGUUGGCAACUUCAUGACUAGAGAAUUGCUAUACAAUCUAUUAGAUUUUGCCAGAGAGAAAAAUAUCCAUAUAAUCUCUGAUGAAAUAUUUGCUGGCUCUAAUUACGGUAACAAAGAGUUUGUAAGCAUGGCUGAAAUUCUAGAAGAAGAAGAAGACUCCGACAGAGAUAGGGUUCAUAUCAUAUAUGGACUAUCUAAAGAUUUUAGCCUUCCGGGUUUUCGGGUCGGCUUAAUAUAUUCCUUUAACGAGAAUGUUCUAGCUGCUUCUAGAAGGUUAUCUAGGUUUUCGUCAGUUUCUGUUCUAACACAGAGAUUACUAGUCUCAAUGCUGUCAGACACUGGAUUUAUCCGGGAUUACCUAAAGGAAAACAGAGAGAGGUUGCGAAGAAUGUAUAAAUUGUUUAUUGCGCAGUUAGAUGAACUGGGGAUUGAAUACAUGAAGAGCAACGCAGGUUUGCAUUGUUGGGUGAACAUGAGUACAUUAAUCAAUCCUUACAAUGAAAAGGGGGAAAUUGAGUUAUGGGAAAAGCUAUUAAGUGUGGCUAAGAUUAAUGUGACUCCUGGAUCUGCUUGCCAUUGCAUCGAACAUGGAUGGUUCAGGUUUUGCUUUACAACGUUACAAGAGAAGGAUGUUCCUUUAGUUGCAGAAAGGAUAAGGAGAGUAAUUGUAAGCUGUAGACCUCCAGCUUAAAUUAUUUUAGGUUUAUUUUCUAUUUUUAAUUGAAAAUUAUAUUUUUUAUGCCAGCUUUUAUAGUUUAUCAUUUAUUCCUGUAUUGAUGAUGUAGACAGGAUGGGUACAAGCUUGGUAGUUCUUAACAUUUCAUUGCACAAUAGAAUCUGGAAUGUGUUCAAUGGUUUCUUUUAAUGCUUUAAAGGUCUAUAAGUAAACUGAGCCAUGUUUCAGACUAUUUGAAGAAGAGCUUUAGCUCCCUCUUCCAUUUGGUGUGCAA